AUUUCGUUUUGUUUUUUCUAAUUUUUUCUUCAUUUUCUAUCUUUUUUCUUCUAAAUUCUAAACAAUUAACUAAAUUAAAUUUCUUCCCUCUCUUUAUUAACCUGUUGGUCUUUUUCCUCCAACGAAUGGUUCAAAUGUUAUUACCCAUUUUAAGACAAUUAUCUCUCUUCAUGUAUGUGCUUGUUUAUUUUUCUUCUUGUAUAUAUGUAAGUAAAAUUUGAAUUAUAAAUAUGUAUCAUCACCAUCAAUCAAUAUGUUCAACAGUAACACCAACAUUAAUACAACACCAACAUCUACAAUCACAACCUCAACCAUUAACCCUACGACGAUCAACACCAGCAACUCAACCACAAUCACCACAAUCACCACCACCAUCAACAGCAACAAUAACAGUAAAAGCAACUUAUUCAUUUCUAGUAACAACAAUACAACUUCUAGCAACCAAAUUAACCGAUUAAAUAUGGCUGAAUGUGCCCUGAUUAAAUCUUCACAGUGUUUCCAGGAUAAAAAUCGGAUAAAAAAAGAUUUAACUAAAUUAACUAAAAACCUUUUACUACUCGUUGGCCUGGAACGUGUGGCACAGGAACUAGUGGGUGGACGAAGAUGGCGAAAGUUAACAGCACCAUUCAAUUCCCUUGAACCAGAAGAGAUUCAAGAUUGGUCUCCAUCUGAGAUUUGCUAUUUCUGCAAUUCUGACAAACACCACGACUCUAAUCAUAACGAAAUUGUUAAACAUUCAGACGAUUGUCCACUUUCAACAUCGUCCAUAACAACCACCGGAAUCGAAUCAAGUCAAUUACAGUCACCAUUAAAUCAAUCGAGCCAACAAUCAACACAACCACCAACAAGCUGUUCAUGUUUACCUAAUAAUAAUAAUUCCAAUGGAAGUGAUAAUAUCAACAUUCCCAUAAUUAAUGUUCCAAUCAAUAUUCCCGUUGUCCAGGCUUCAUCGGCCACAAGUAAUUCCGUUACUGCCAUGAGUAAUGUUACCACCACCUCAGAACAACCAUUGGACCUAAGUUUACAUUCCCGUUCAAUGUUAAUUCCAAACGAAAUUGACAAAUCAACAAACCAUGUCAGUGAUACCUCUUCAUCAUCAUCAUCACUUUUACGUAUUCCUCAUCCAAAUCAGACCAACACCAAACAAGGUUUGGUUUCAUUUUUCAACAGAAAGAAAAAUCGUCUGGAAACAACAACCACAACCACCACAACAACAACAACAACAUCGAGUAGUAAUAGUAAUUGGAAAAGAGCUUACACCGAGAAGGAGCUGCAACAAGCCUUGAAUGAUAUUCAAAGUGGUAAAUUGGGUACACGUCGAGCGGCGGUUAUUUAUGGUAUACCUCGAUCAACCUUGAGAAAUAAAGUUUACAAAUUAUCGUCUCCAAAUGUUAAAAGAGGUCAACCAACAACAGUUCAAUCAACGGCAGCGGGAACAACAGUAGCAGCUUCAAAUAGUCUAACAACCCAAGGAGCCUUUAACUCUACAGCUAAACAACUUUCCGCCAGUUUGCCAGCGUGUGCUGCUGUUGCUGCGGCUGCAGCAGCGGCAGCAGCGGCAGCAGCUAAUUCACCCAACAAUUUAACAAAAUGUUCAUCAACAUCAACCACAACCAUCACUGGUCCUGCCAAUUUUUUGUCCGGUCGAAAGUCAAUCACACCAAUACGUAACAAUAAUGCUAACAAAGAAAGUCUUUCAGCUCGAACUAAAUCAACAGCCAUUUCAAGGCGAUCAUUAAAACAACAACAACAAUUACAACCUGUUGAUGAUAUCGAAACAUUUGAUAAUUCAACCAUUUUAUCGAAAACCAUUAAUGAUAAUCAACAUGAUAACGAUUAUGAUGAUAAUAUUGACGAUGAAGAUAAAAGUAACAACCUUUCAACUAAUCAUAGCAGCUUAAUUCAAAAUGAUUUGAAACAAUUCCUGAAACGAACCAUCACUCAAAAGGCAGCUAAUACUAAACCAUUUCUUUCAUCAGGAAUUGAUCAACUAUCAACCGAUAACAACAAUAAUCCUAAUCCUAAAUCAGAUUCUGAUAUUAUCAACAUGGGACCAACUACAAUGCCAAAUAUUUUCAAUGAUCCGUUAACAACGUUACAAAUGUUAUCAUCAAUGGAUUGUGGUAACGCCAUUGGUCCGUUAAUUUCGCAAAUUUUGUUAAACGUUCAUGCCUUUCCUCUUGCCAAUAGUGUUAAUAACCUUAUAAAUAAUACCAAUAUUAACCUUAAUUACAAUAGCAAGCCCACCGAAAACAUGGACUUAAACAAUAGUAUUUCCGGAACUUUGCCUUUAUUACCAGAAUUGAUUCAUAAAUUAGCUCAAGAACGUUUAGAGGCGGAAAGAUUAUCAUCUGGAACAUCAACAAGUGACCAUGGUCAAGAAAGAUCGACGACUGAUGAAAGUUGUGAUAGAAAUGUGAUAUUAAAGGUUCCGUCCUAUCAGCCUAAAUUGAAUAUUGAUGUUGGACAGAAAAAUGAUUUAACGAAAACAAUCAACAAAGAAGGAUCAAACUCUAAUCAUUCCAGUAUUGGAGCAAUUAAUACAAGCUUUACCAGUGGUGUUAGUAACCUAUCUAGUCAUAGUAUUGGUGAUUUCAAUGUUAAUAUGGUCAAAGAUGAGAAUAAUAAUUGUGGACUAAAUGAUAAACGUUAUAAAUUAUUUCCUGUUAAUUCUGAUGAAUCAAGUUCAGAUGCCUUAAUCAAUGAGAAUGCCAAGAGUUACAAUUUCUCUCGUCGUAAAGUUGAGAAACGUAAUCAAACCAAUUCAAAUAAAACAAGUGAUCAAAGUGCCCCAUCAACCCCUGAUCCUAAAAGAAAUCGACCCAAACGAGGCCGUUACCGUAAUUAUAAACGGGAUGAUCUUGCCAAAGCUGUAAAAGCCGUUCAAAAUGGAGAGAUGAGUGUCCAUCGAGCGGGGACACAUUUCGGUGUUCCCCAUUCAACAUUAGAGUAUAAAGUUAAAGAGAGGCAUUUAUUAAGGCCUAAGAAAAGGCAGACUACUUCAACCUCGUCGGGAGCGGUUUCGUUAAUCAAAAAGGAAGACGGAUCAUCAAGCUUAAUAUUACCCAAAACUGAUUUAGCAGCCGAUCCAUUGGUUUUAGCUCCGGGCACUGGGCCGUUGAGCUCUAAAACACCAGGCCUAUUAACGCAAUCACAAACACAACCACAACCACAAUCACAGUCCAUUGAGGGAUUACCAAUGAUUAAUCAAGUUAAUCAAGCUUCUCUUUGGCAAACUGCAUUACCUUUGUUUCCAUUUGAUUUCGGUGCAGCUCAGAAUAGUACCAACUUUUUCGCUUCCAAUAUGAUGAGAAAAUUAAAGGAAAAUGCCCAAUUACAUGAAGAAAAUUUCAACAAUAAUUCAAAUGGAAGUUCAAAUGCUAACAACAAUGUUUCCGGUUUCAGUGAUUCAAAUCCAAUGGGAGCCACAACUGGAUUAAAGGAACGAGAGUUUGGCAGCUUACUAUUAGAAACUUUAAUUAAAUCAUCAUUGGAAAGGAAAAUGUUAAAUACAAUGUCAUCAGCGAACAGUGAAAGUGACACUCGACUGAAUCGAAAUACAUCAUCAACGGUUCCCUAUCGUUUCCACAAUGAGGAUUAACAAUUCGAUUAACCAAAUUGUUCUUUUGCCUUUUUUUGUUUUUUGUUUUUGUUUUUUUACCUCCUUCUCUCUCUCUCUUGCUCUUUCUCCUUCUCUAUUUUGAACAGUUCAUCGUUUCGACAACAGAUCAUAUUAAUUGUUAAAAUUUGUUAAAAAUCCUACGAUUGAUAGGGAAUCAUAACUAUUAUUAUUAUUAACAUUUCCAAAUUUUGAUUAAUCAACAAUUUCUUGUUAAAUGACGGCUAAAUUGUCCAUGAAAUUAAGUUAUUUAAUGACAGUUUAAAUUUAAUGAAUAAAGAGUUACUAUUUUGGAGCCAUUUUAAAUGUAACAA